AUGAAGUUCGAAGCUUAUGAUGGCCACGGAAUUGGAGGAACAUUUAGCAACGUGUUUAACACUCCAGAAAACCUUAAUUUUGUUAAACUAAGGAAGCCAGGUAAACACGGGAGAGGAGGAGGCGGAGGCGGGCUGGGCGACUCUGAAGGGGAGGAUGACGAACAAUUGGGCGGCAGAAAUAACAAAUAUCAACAACGGAAACGAGCACCGACGACGCAGCAGUGCCAGCCCGAGGAUAGCAAUGCUGACGUCCUGUGGAGGAAACCCAAGGGGACGAAGCAACAUCCUCAACCUGACUUCUCCCCAUGGCCACGAGGAACUGGGGAACAGGUUAACAAGAACAUGGGCGAUAGUUCCGUACCUUCGGAGUACUUUGAGCUCGUGCCGCACUACAAAAUCAACCUCAAUCCAUAUGACAAGCCCAAAGCAGAGUUACGUGGACAUUAUGUUCCUCGUGAAACCAAAAAGACCUCCGAUCCAAGUCAACCCACGCCUGCUGCUGCUCCGCCAAAAAAAUGCAAGCCUGCUGCUGCUCCACCAGCAAGAUCGACGCCUGCUCGUCCUCCACAAGUAAAACCCACGGCUAUUGCUGCGCCACCAGCAAAAUCGACGCAUGUUACUCUGCCACCAGCAAAAUCGACGCUUGCUGCUGCCCCACCAGCAAAAUCGACGCAUGUUACUCUGCCACCAGCAAAAUCGACACCUGCUGCUGCGCCACCAGCAAGUCAACCCACGCCUGCAUCUGUGAAAAGUGGUAGGAUGAGCAUUCUACAGCCCAAGAAACCCACCGCCGCCGGUACAGAGAGCAAGGAUCCUAAGAGCAGCGCUCCAGAUGACGAUGGGCGUGAGAAGUCGAGCCGAAAAAUCCAACUAAAAGUUCCGCAAGGGGAAAGUUCAAAGGCAGCAGCGCCAAAGAAGGAGAAGAAAAUCAAGGUCCGCACUCCUGAGGAGGAGGAGGAACACCUCCGGAAAAAGGAAAAGAAGCGGAAAAAGAAGGAGAAGGAGAAGGAGAAGGAGAAGGAGAAGACGAAAGAGAAGAAGGAGAAAAAGGAGAAGAAAGAGAAAAAGGAAAAGAAGGCAUCGGGAGGGGGAGGUGGAGGAGCAGGAGCAGGAGGGGUGGAAGGGAUGGAAGGGGCAGGAGAAGAAGAAGACGAGGAUGAGGACUCUGACGACGAGGAGCUGGUCAAGAAAGUGGUGCGAAAGAGUAUAACAACAAAGGGGAAAGCUGUGGUGGAGGAGGAAGAUGAGGAGGAAUCAUCUUCGUCCGAUUCCAGCGAGGAGAUGAUAAAGAAGGUGAAGAAACGGAUCAGUACCGUCAAACCAGUAGGCCAAAAGGACAAGGAGGAAGAGGAAGAGAGUGACGACGACUCGACGUCGUCCGAAGAGAUCGUGAAAACGAUACGACGAAGCACAGUGAUCAAGCGAAUGAGCCAUGGCACCCUCCUCGACGUUGAACAAAUUCAGCAUGAACCUAUCGUUGAACACCUUCCAAUGCAUCUCAAGGACCAACCACACAAAUAA